GCGACGUCACUGCGCGACGUGACGUCACCGCGCGUCGCGCGCACUGCACGCCGGGAUGAGGGAGCCAUGGGGGACCACGGCGCUGUUGGGCGCCUUCUGCUCCCCCCGGCCGCGCCGCGACUCCCCGGCGGUGCUUACCGCAGUGGCGGUGGUGGUGGUGGCGGCGGCGGCCGCGUGAUUCGCCGGGGCUGAGCGCUAGCGGCGGUGAGCACACGAGCGCGGUUCUCACCCUCAGGGUUUUUGUUUUGUUUUGCGGGGGUGCGAAGUGUGGGAGCGGGCGGUGUGUGUGUGUGUGGGGGGGGGGGUUCGCCGGGCGCCUUUACAUGGACGAGAGAUGGACCAGCGUCUGAGCAAAGCGCUGCUGGUGGCGGCGGCGGCCCUCAUCUUCUUCACCAUCGCCUACCAGUACGUGUGUCCGGGCGCGGGCUGCGGCCUCCUGCUCCUCACGCCGCCGCCACAGGCCCACCGCGGCGGCGGCGGCGGCGGCUCAUCCUCAUCCUCCUCCUCGUCCCUCUCGUCUCUCUCCUCCUCCUCGUUGGACCCGUACCCGGCGCCCGACCCUCACUACGUGCGCAAGUUUCACUUCGCGACGCGCGACCUCGACAAGACGGUGCCCUUCGACCUCAAGGGCGACGACGUGAUCGUGUUCCUGCACAUCCAGAAGACGGGCGGCACCACGUUCGGCCGCCACCUCGUGCGCAACAUCCAACUCGAGCUGCCGUGCGAGUGCCGAGCCGGGCAGAAGAAGUGCGCCUGCCUGCGGCCCGGCCGCCGCGACACGUGGCUGUUCUCGCGCUUCUCCACGGGAUGGAGCUGCGGCCUCCACGCCGACUGGACCGAGCUCACGAGCUGCGUGCCCGCCGUGCUGCAGCGCAAGGGCAGCCGCCUCGACGCCAAGAGGAACUUCUACUACAUCACGAUGCUGCGCGACCCUGUGUCGCGCUACCUGAGCGAGUGGCGGCACGUGCAGCGCGGCGCCACGUGGAAGACCUCGCUGCACAUGUGCGACGGGCGGGCGCCCACUCCGCACGAGCUGCCCUCCUGCUACGCCGGCGACGACUGGGCGGGCGUCUCUCUCACGGACUUCAUGGCCUGCCCGUACAACCUGGCCAACAACCGACAGACGCGCAUGCUCGCCGACCUGAGCCUCGUCGGCUGCUACAACGCGUCGUUCAUGAUCGAGCGUCGCCGCGGGCAGAUUCUGCUCGAGAGCGCCAAACGCAACCUGCGCGGCAUGGCCUUCUUCGGACUCACCGAGUUCCAGCGGCGCACGCAGUUCCUCUUUGAGCGCACGUUUCAGCUGCGCUUCAUCGCGCCGUUCACCCAGUACAACGCCACGCGCGCCGCCGGCGUGGACGUGCCCAACGCCACGAUGGCGCGCAUCCGCGAGCUCAACGACAUGGACGUGCAGCUGUACGAGUACGCGCGCGACCUCUUCCUGCAGCGCUACCAGCGGGCGCGGCGGCUGGAGCGCCAGCGCCAGCGGCAGCAGGAGCGCGCCGGCCCUCGCGCCUGGUGGUUUGGCCGCGCCGAGGCGGCGCCCGCGCCGGGCGCCGCCUCGGCGGGGGCCGCCGAUCCGACGCGCGGCGGCGGCGACAUCUCGCAGGAAGAGGAGGAGGAGGCCGAAUUUCUCGAACGGCAACUGGAAAACGAUUUUAAGCUGCAGCAGCGGCAGCAGCUGGAGGAGGAGGAGGAGGAGGCGGCGGCGGCGGCCGCGGCCGAGCCGGCGUUGCCAAGUGACGGAGGCGCCCCAGACGGCGGUGUCGGUCGCGCCGAGCGACAGGGUGGCGGCGGAGGUGGCGAGGGCGGGAUUGUUGCGGAGCCGAAUGCCCCGCGCCCGGCGAACAGUGACUACUCCGGUCACGUGCAGAAGUGGUGAUGCGGAAUGCGGCCACCGCGGCUGAGAAGGCCGCGGGAGACACGGGAUUGUCAGAAAAUGCAUUCACAAGACGCACGCGUACACAUGCCAACACGCACACCCUGCAGACCUAUUGUGGUGGAGGUAUAAUGGACUUUAUAUGACCCUAAUCCAUAUAAGAAUUCUGGUACUCUAAAUUUUGUAGUCAUUGAAAACACAUUCCCGGGAUUUGAGUUAGGAACGAGGUGACACUACAACUUUUACAGCCUCAUCACAGAGUCUUUUUUAUAAGACAAGUUAAAUAUUGUGUGUGUGUGUAUAUAGCUGUGUUGUCAAUGCAGAUGAAAGGACCUUGCAUAUAGUCAUGGUGUGGUGUAAUGGGCUGUUUAAGAUUAAAUGUAUCGUGAACACCAUUCGUUUUGCUUGCAGUAUAUGCAGAGAAUAUAUUAACACGUGUUUUAUUUAAAACAUAGUAAUCCACGCCAAAAAAAAAAAGAGUGGGCAAAAAGUGCUUUUGGUUCUGUCAACAGCAUCGCUUGAGGUGUAUUUGUGCAGUAGAUGUGUGAAGAGUUUAGCUCUGUGUGGCCGUACAGACGUUAAUGAUUUUUUACAUGGAGCUGUGAUGUGAUGCAUCUCAUUGUGUGUUGUACUUUCACGUUUUGCUGAUUUAGUGAUGUUGAAACAAAACAAAAAACUUUUAUGGUAAAAUGUUGAAAACCAUUUUCGGUUGGAAUCCAAGAACACCCAAUGUAGUGACUGCAGCGAAAUGCUUCGCCUUUUUCCUCUGAUAAACCA